AUGUCGGAUUCUGCAGUAAGUGCGCACUUUUUAAACGCAACUUCCACCGGCGAGCUAUUCCACGAGCGGCCGGAAAUUGGUCUCUGCUCUGCCAUUGAGCAACGUACUCGCCUAGCCACCACAAGAACCCGCGGGAACCAGCAAGGACUUGAGGGGGAAGACUUGAUCACCGCAGGCCGUCCUGUGGUCAUGGCACGCGACGACCCGCUGGUGACCGCCACCAGCCGCGAGCAGGCCCAGGUGGCGGCGCUGGUGGGGGGCCUGUUCCAGCUGGCGGCCCCUGCUCUUCCGCAGGCGGCCACCAUCCAGCUGCGGCGCCGCCAGCACGUGGCCUACCUGGAGCGGGGGCUGGACUACAUGGGGCCAGGCUAUGCGGUCCUGGACUCCAGCCGGCCGUGGCUGUGCUACUGGAUCCUGCACUCCCUGGCGCUGCUGGGACAGCCCAUCACCCCCGACGUGCGCAACAGGUGCAUCGACUUUCUGAAGCGGUGUCAAGACCCGCGCGGUGGCUACGGUGGUGGUCCCGGCCAGCUGCCGCACCUGGCCACGACCUACGCAGCUGUGUGUGCGCUCGUGACUGUAGGAGGCGCCAAGGCCCUCGAUUCUAUCGACAGGCCUGCGCUGCUGUCGUUCCUGGUGCGCAUGAAGGCUGCGGGCGGCGGCUUCCACGUGCACGCGGACGGCGAGGUGGACGUGCGCGGCAGCUACUGCGCGCUCGCGGUCGCGCACCUGCUCAACCUGACCAGCCCCCAGCUCACAGCCGGUGUCGGCGCCUACGUCGCCACGUGCCAGACGUACGAGGGCGGCAUCGGGGGGGAGCCGGGAGUGGAGGCGCAUGGGGGGUACACGUUUUGCGGGCUGGCGGCCGCGCUGCUGGCGGGCGAGGCGCACUUGGUGGCGCUGCCGCGGUUGCUGGGGUGGCUGGUGGCGCGGCAGGGCGCCGCGGAGGGCGGCUUCCAGGGGCGCACCAACAAGCUGGUGGACGGCUGCUACUCCUUCUGGCAGGGCGGCACCGCGCUCCUGCUGCAGCGCGUCAUGCCGCAACUGGCCGCACAGGCAGGCGGCGCGGGGAGGGGGGCGGGCAGCGGGGACCAGCAGGGGCGCAGGACGGAGGCCGAGGCGGGCGUUGAGGGCUUGAGGGAGAGCCCGAGUGAGCCGGGGGCGCGGCGAGAGCAGGAAGGCUCGAGUGAAAGAGAGCGGUGGGGCGAUGAAGAGAGCACGGAGCAGGAACAGGGGAGGGGGGGUGCAAAUGAAGGGCGGAGCGAUGGGGCCGGCGAGAAGAACGAGCCACGCAGCACCGCGGGUGCGUCCGCGAAGGAGGCUUGUACAGAGGAGGCGCAGACUGCCGCCGAUGAAAGCGCCGAGACAGCCUGCGAGGAGACGCCUGGCGGAUCCGGCCGGUCAGAGCGAGAGUGGGCGCGAAAAGAAGCGGUGCAGGCGGACCGAGGGGGCGAGCCCGACUCGGCGGACUCGUCUGAGUAUGAGACGGACGACGAGAGCGCCGGCCCGGGCCGGGGCGGCGUUUGCAGCGCUGCGGAGCUGUUUCCCGCGGAGCCUCUGGCAGAGCCGGGCGAGGGCGGCGGCGCUCACCUGGUCAUCGAAGAGGAAGAGGCUGCGGGGCGGCGGACACCGGCGGUUCGCAGAGAAGGGCGGGGGGACGAGGCUGGAAGAGCGGGGCACGGCGGCACGGGGGGCCUAGGCGAGGCGCUGCUGAAUGCGCGCGCGCUGCAGGCGUACAUCCUGGUGUGCUGCCAACAGGCGGACGGGGGCCUGCGCGACAAGCCGGGCAAGUCCCGCGACUAUUACCACACGUGCUACUGCCUGAGCGGGCUGUCGGCCGCGCAGCGGUGCCACGGGGAGUCGGUGGAGGCGCUCCCGCAGCCGCGCCACGUGCUGGGGCCGUACAGCAACUUGCUGGAGGCAGCCGAUCCCGUCUGCAACGUGCACGCGGAGCGUUACGCAGAGGCAAUAGCCCACUUUGCGAGCAGGCCGGUACGAUAACCUGGGGUGGGAAUUGGGCGCGAGUGGUAUCCUUCCAGCCGACCGUCGCAGCAGACACAACGUCCUGUCCAUACCGACAAAGCUGGAUGCCUUUGCUGUGGGCGUGGUUGUCAUCUAAGGCUGGCGUCAAAAACCGUGUACCGUUGUGUCGUUGCUCUCGUCUAGCACGCCUUUACUGACUGGCCGCUUGUACCAUGGGAGACACCCACUCUCUCACUGUACUCUGGUGCUCAGCAGGUGCCAAAAUAGUUGUGGCGGCCCAUCCUGGCGAAAUAAGCAUAGCGAAU